CUUGUACGCACAGCUCUGUAAAUAUGAGGAAUCUACCUGGACUACUGGUUCUCUUUGUGUGCGUGCAUUCAGUGGACACACUGAAAUGCUAUGUGUGCAGCGCCACCAACAACAAUGCCCAGUGUAACCAGAACAGUCAAGACUGCAACCCUCCCUUGGAUACCUGCAUGUCCACCGUUGACACUUUGAACGGAGUGAAGGCUAUAGUGAAACAGUGUGCCAGCAGGGCCACAUGCUCAGGGGCGGCCGCCAGCGCAUCAGUGGACAACGCUGGGAAUGGCAACAAGGUGUACUGUUGCUCUUCACGACUAUGCAACUACAACGCCGCGGCCAGAAUCAGUCUCCACAGAUGGCUACUGGUGCUGCCUUUCUCUCUCCUCACUUUCACACUAUUAGGCCUACAGUCUAACUGACCAGUAAGCAGAUGUGUUCUAUGAAGGUGUAUGUAACUGUUACGGUCAACAAUGCAGGAUCCUCUUGUGUGUAAAUGCAUUUUGCUAUUACUGUCUGUUACUUUUUCCAAAUAUUUAUGUUUGCACUAUAUAAUGAAAAGUUUGACAGAAGAUUCCAGUAAAUGUUUUCAAAACAUA